AUGCCCCGCCCCCCUGCAGACCACAUUGCCCACGUGAUCGAGCUGCUGGGGGAGAUCCCGCGGCACGUGGCGCUGGGCGGCCGCUACUCCCGGGAAUUCUUCAACCGCAAAGGUGAGCUGCGGCACAUCCGGCACCUGCGGCCGUGGGGGCUGCGGGCGGUGCUGCAGGAGAAAUACGAGUGGCCGCGGGGGCCGGCGGCCGCCUUCGCCCGAUUCCUGCGGCCGAUGUUGGCCUUCGAGCCCGGCCGCAGGGCCACGGCCCGGCAGUGCCUGCAGCACCCCUGGCUCCGCCCCUGACACACCCACGGACACG